CAGUGAACGUGUCUAUAACCAUUUAAAAUUUGCAUUUAAUUUUAUGAUUUACUGAUUAGUGAUAGUUUUAAUAAGUUUGCGAAAAUUUGUUCAAAAUGUUUUUGCAGUUAAGACACGCCGUAUCCGUGUUAAGUUGCCGAAACCUUACAACCAGUCACCGCCAUGCAGCCAAAAGUGUUCCAAUACGACAAAUCAACAAACUGCUGAUCGCGAACCGCGGCGAGAUCGCAUGCCGUGUCAUGCGGACGGCCAACCGAUUGGGCAUCCAGACGGUAGCCGUGUUCUCCGACGCCGACCGAGGAUCACUGCACGUCAAUAUGGCCAACGAAGCUUUCAACAUUGGACCGCCAGCCUCUCAGCAAUCGUAUCUUCGCGGGGAUAAAAUUUUGGAAGUGGCGAAACGCGCCGGUUGCCAAGCCAUUCAUCCGGGCUAUGGGUUCCUGUCGGAAAACGUCGAAUUUGCCGAACUGUGCCAGCAAGAGGAUGUAAUCUUUAUCGGUCCACCAGCCAGUGCCAUUCGAGAUAUGGGAAUUAAAAGUACCUCUAAGCACAUUAUGAGUGAGGCUGGAGUACCGAUUAUCAAUGGAUAUCACGGGGAGGAUCAAUCCGAUCAGCGAUUGAUACAGGAAGCGCAAAAAAUUGGUUUUCCUCUGAUGAUCAAAGCGGUUCGUGGUGGAGGAGGCAAGGGAAUGCGAAUUGCCGAAUCGGAAGCGGAUUUCUUACCCGCUCUUCAAUCGGCAAGAACGGAAUCAGAAAAAGCUUUUGGUGAUACUGCAAUGCUGCUGGAGAGAUAUGUCCGAUCACCGCGCCACGUGGAAGUGCAAGUCUUUGCUGACCAUUACGGCGAUGCUGUCUAUCUCUACGAGCGGGAUUGUUCCGUUCAGAGGCGCCAUCAAAAAAUCAUCGAAGAAGCUCCUGCACCGGGCCUGUCGGAGGAACUGCGUGUGCAGUUAGGGGAAGCGGCCGUUCGCGCAGCGAAGGCAGUUAGUUAUGUCGGUGCUGGGACGGUUGAAUUUAUCCUGGACAAAGAGGAUCUAUCGUUUCAUUUUAUGGAGAUGAACACUAGAUUGCAGGUCGAACAUCCGAUCACGGAAAUGAUCACCGGAACCGAUUUGGUCGAGUGGCAGAUUAAGGUAGCUUCCGGAGAGCCGUUGCCGGUUUUGCAAGAUCAGAUUCGCAAAAGGGGACAUGCUUUUGAGGCGCGAAUCUAUGCGGAGGAUCCGGCUGGAGGAUUUCUUCCUGGGGCUGGACCGCUGAAUUAUCUUUCGACCCCACAGCCAUCCAGUACCACUCGAGUGGAAACCGGUGUCCGACAGGGUGAUGAGGUGUCCAUUCAUUACGAUCCUAUGAUUGCUAAGCUGGUGGUAUGGGGUGAAAAUCGACCGAGCGCUCUUCAGCUGCUCAUUGAGCAGUUGCGUAAUUAUCAAAUAGCUGGCUUGCAAACUAACAUUAACUUCUUGAUAGAUUUGGCUAGCCACAAGCAUUUUCAGGCAGCGGACGUUCAUACUGGAUUCAUUGAGCAGCACAUGUCCACUCUUUUCCCCGCGAAAACUGUUUCCGAUGUGAAAAUCGCUCAAAUGGCUGUUGCCUAUGUUUUGAACGAAGACGCCAGCACACGUAAGUCGUUGAAUCGUUCCAAUCCAUUCGAUUUGGAGUUGAACUUCCGACCAAACUACAUUGCAACAAGAAGUUUUAAGUUGCAAAUUGACAAUAAGGAACAUCAAAUUGAUAUUAAACCUAUAGGAACCGAUUUUGAGGUCCGAGUGGAUGGUGCAAACUGGUUACGAGUUAACGCCACAAGGAAACCCCACGAGAAUCGCUUCCUUCUUCAAACCAAUGUCGACGGACAAGUUUCUUGCUUUAACGCCGUAAUUGACAGCGGAUCAGUAUCGUUGUUUGAUGAGACUGGUUUAACAUCGGCCGAAGUGGUUCAACCCAAGUUCCUCAAUGCGGACAGUGCGAUGGACGGCGGGGCCGCUUCCAGCGUAACCGCACCAAUGCCGGGGGUACUGGAUAAGCUGCUUGUCAAGACGGGAGACUCGGUAAAGGCUGGCACUCCCGUAGCAGUGCUAAUCGCAAUGAAAAUGGAGCACGUGCUUAAGGCUGCUAAGGAUGGAGUUGUGAAGGCGGUUCUCAAUGCUGAAGGCGACAACGUUCGAAAAGGCGCUGUCCUGAUUGCAUUCGAAUGAAACCCUUAUUUUGGGUGAACAUGCUCUAGAAUGUCUUGCAUUUAAAAAAAAGGUAAAAUAUUGUGCAUUUAUUAGUGAUAGUUGUAUACAUUAUAAACCAGAUGAAGAAAUUAUGUAGA